CUUUCCCAUCAUGCUCUGUAGAGUUGUGAGCGGAAGUAUUCACUUUUUUGUGCUUAUUCAAAACGUUAAUCCAUGAAGCUGAAGAAUCAGUUUUCGAACUGAUGUUUCUGAGCAUUUUAGCGUUGGUUGUGGAAAGUCAUUAUUAAUGGAGAACAAUGACAGAUCUCAGGAGGAGGUGGAUGGAGACAGUUGUGGAUCCUCCACCGCAGGUUCGCCGGAGAUGGAUCGCAACCCGUCGCCUCCACCCGAGGAAGAUGAGACCGAGGCCGGUGAGGAGGCGGACGCUAUCGGGGAAACGGUGUACAGCAAACACUGGCUCUUCAGCACCUUGACCCGCCUUAUUCAGAUGGUAACAGAUCAAGAAGGUGUGCAGAGUGAUACUUCCAUGGAACUGACAGAUGAUCUGGAGGAGGACUUGUGUAAAGUAUGGGACAUGGCUAUGGAUAAGGAUGUUGCUGUUUUUCUUCAAGAGUUCAAAGCUCCAGACAUCUUGCUGGGUGUGAUUGCGAAGUCACGUAGUCCACGGCUCACAGAAAUCUGUGUUGGGAUUCUGGGUAACAUGGCCUGUUUCCAUGACACAUGUGUGUCUCUCAGCCAGAACUCUGACCUAUGCGCUGUGUUACUACUACUGCUCGGGGACAAUGAUCCUCCUACGCUCUUGGAAACUUGCAGGCUCCUGCUAACGUGCAUGUCUCAGCCUGACGUCGCCCCUCUGUGGCUGGAGAGGAUACAGCAGCAGCCGGCAGUGUGCAGCAGUUUGUGUUUCAUCAUGAGCAGCUCCACCAGUGUGGAUUUGCUGGUUAAGGUUGGGGAGCUGGUGGAUAAGCUCUUUGAUGAGGAUGAGGAGAUGAUGAAGAGUUGGGUGUCCACCCCACCCAGCGACAGCGACCCAAACAAGGACACACAGCAGGACGUCGCGUCCUCUCUGCUGGAGGCGGCCACACAGCUUAGGUCAGAGAGUCCAGAGGCUCUUGAAGUGUAUCUGCAUUCACUCCAACUUCUGACUACAGUAGAAGAAGGCAUGCAGGCUCUGGUAUCAGAUGGAGCUUGUGGUCAUGCGGUGUGGACGUUUGUGUGUAAGAUCAUUUGUGAGGAUUUAUGUCAAGCGGACGAUCCUCCUCUCAUCCUGCAGGAGCAGAAAGCUCUCCUGGCUCCUGCGCUCGCCCUACUGUCUUCGUUACACUCCAGCCUGCAGACAGAUAUCAGUUCCGAAUUAUUAGGAAGUCUUAUUCGCAUCCUGCAGUUUAACGCCGAAUGCCGUCAGAGCCGAAAAACUGGAAAUUCAGACUCAGAAAAGAGUCAGACAGAAGAAGAGAAGCAAGCGGAAGAUGAACAGCUGAAAGCUUUAGUUGAAACCACAGCUGAGUUCCUCUCAGUCGUCCUCAUGGAAAUGAAUAAGGAUCUUUUAUCAUCCAUUGUCAAAGAAGGGCAUCUGACAGAGAAAAGCUGCGUGUCGGCUGUCGGCACCCUUGUACCUCAACAUAUAACAUCAGUCCAGCACCUGGUUGGCUUGCUAUCAGAAGUGGAACCGAAACUGGCAGACAUUAUAAAAAAGGACUUUUCCAUUUCAUCCAAUGUGUCAAGCUGAACUCGGACAGAAAUAUCUAAACCAAAAGACUGGAGAUAAGUUUAUCUGCUUGUGAAUGGACUCAUCUUUUGUUUAGAUGCAACAACAUAUAAAUUAGCUUUCAUAGUAAAUGUUAUAGCUUAAAAUAUGCGUUUAAAUUGUGUAUAUUAUCGUUUCGUUUGUAUACACCAGCAUUUCUAUUUAGUAAACACAACGUUUUGUA